CAGGGCGGGCCCUGCGGCCCAGUUCCUGCUGCCGGGGAUGGCGAGGCAGGCGGUAACGGGGAUGGUUCUUAGCCGGCUCCUCUGCCUGCCCCUCUGCCUCCUGCCCCUCUGCCUGCCGCGCCCGGCGGCGGCCCGGCGGCCCGCCCCGCACCUGGUGCUGGUGCUGGCCGACGACCUGGGCUGGGGCGACGUGGGCUGGCACGGCUCUGCCAUCCGCACGCCGCGGCUGGACGCGCUGGGCGCGGACGGCGUGCGGCUGGAGCGCUACUACACCCAGCCGCUCUGCACCCCGUCCCGCAGCCAGCUGCUCUCCGGCCGCUACCAGAUCCACACAGGUUUACAACACCAGAUAAUUUGGCCAUGCCAGCCCAGCUGUCUGCCACUGGAUGAGAAACUCCUCCCAGAGCUACUUCAAGAGGCGGGAUAUGUUACUCAUAUGGUGGGGAAGUGGCAUUUAGGGAUGUACAGAAAAGAGUGCCUUCCAACCCGCAGAGGAUUUGAUACUUAUUUUGGCUAUCUUUUGGGCAGUGAGGAUUAUUACACUCAUGACCGUUGCGUUCUCAUCAAAACAAAGAAUGUAACGCGCUGUGCUCUGGACUUUCGAGAUGGAGAAGAAGUUGCAACUGGAUUUAAAAAUGUGUACUCCACAAAUUUAUUUACAGAAAGAGCAAUAGAUCUUAUAGCAAAUCACAAAACUGAGAAGCCCCUCUUUCUCUACCUUGCCUUUCAGUCUGUCCAUGAACCUCUUGAGGUCCCUGACAAAUAUGUGAAACCAUAUUCUUUCAUAAAAGAUUUAAAGAGGCGCCAUUAUGCAGGGAUGGUGACUCUUAUGGAUGAAGCUGUAGGAAAUCUUACUGAUGCUCUGAAAACAAAUGGUCUUUGGGACAACACAGUUCUUGUUUUCUCUACUGAUAAUGGAGGACAGACUUUGGCAGGUGGGAAUAACUGGCCACUGAGAGGGAGAAAAUGGACCCUCUGGGAAGGAGGAGUAAGAGGAGUAGGCUUUGUUGCAAGUCCUUUGCUGAAACGAAAAGGUGUAGAAAGUCAUGAACUCAUCCAUAUCUCUGACUGGCUGCCAACACUGGUGCACCUUGCUGGAGGACAUACCAAUGGCACUAAGCCCUUGGAUGGCUUUGAUGUUUGGAAAGCUAUCAGUGAAGGAAGACCUUCUCCCAGAUUGGAACUGCUGCACAACAUAGACCCGAUGUUUGUGGAUGACUCCCCAUGUCCUAAGUGCAGAGUAAUUCCAUUGAAAACUAAUCUCUGGGGCAAAGGAUGACUCAGAUGAUUCACUACCUGCCUAAGUGUGUAACCUCAUCAUAUUUAUUCAAUUUUUGGAUUUCUGACUCAAGCCAUGAUUAUCACUUGUUCAAAUACUGGCACAGACCAUCCAUUUCUCUGGUAAUAAAUAUGGUUUCCCUAAGAUUAGGGGGAAAAAACUUGAUUUUUAUUCUUGUGAGUUACUCCACUGAUCUUCUUUCUUUGUAUUUACAUGAGAAAAAUCCAUCAUUCAAAUUAUCUAAUAGAGCCAUGACUUGAAAAAUAUUUAUUUACUGGAUUUUAUUUUUUAUGACCAAACUGUGAAGAAAAGAAUAUGGAUUGCUAUUUAGUUGUUGAUUUUGGGUUUUUUAAGAGGGAGUGAUUAAUUUACUCUGAUUCGAGUAAAUGGAGUAAUGGAGCUUCAGGGCCAUUAUAAUAAUUUAAUUAAGGUGAAAGAUAGGAGAUAAAACUACACUUUUUAUUUGUUUUAUUUGUUUUACUGCGUAUGCUCUGUCUGGGCUUCCUGAAGUCCACUUGGCCUACAGUUUCAGAAAGACCAUGAUUUGGCUCUGAGUCAGAUGUUUUGAUUGAAAUCAGAUAGUCAAAACCACAGGAAUCUUAACUUGUUAGAAAUGGUGACUGUUCCAAAAACGUGAAUCCAGAAGAUUGGCAUACACACAAGUAGAGGACAUACAUAAAAGCUCCUGAUGUACCCUUAGUUUAGGUUUUUAUUAAUUUUGCUGCUGUUAUAUCAUUGGGAAAUGUGCACUUUGCCAUGCAAGGCUGGUUUUCUUCUUUGGCUAUUCCAAAGCCAGAAUGUAUAUUCUUAUGUUAACUGUGACUUCAGUCCUAAUUUUAACUGUCUAGCUAUUGGUCAGAAACUGCUUGAUGGAGCCAUUUCAUAAUCAUCUUGCACCUCUCCUUUAUUCCCACAGCACUCGGAAUGACUAUUUGUACUAACUGCAUCCGGAACAUACUGUGAAUUCCCAGACAAAACAUGAUGCAUCACUCCAUUGGAGCAAAGAGGGCUAAAUUAUAGUUAAAAUUUUCUUCUUUAAGAUUUUCUCCAAGUGCUGUCUCGGUAAUUUGUAUCCAAGUCUGACUUGCAGGAAAGAUCAUCAAGUGAAUUAAUUUUGAAGUGAGAAUAGGACUUGUGCUUACUUGUCAUUCAAUGACUUUUGAAAUGUACCUACCACUUUCUCAUAUAACCUUCCCUUGACUACCAAAUAAGAAAUAUCUAGGAAAAAACUCUUAAGCUGAAAUUGGUCAUUUUGUUAAAACUGACUCACCUAGCAAAACCUCAUCCUUUAAAGGUUUCUGUGGGAUAGUUAAUCACGUUUAUUACUGUGUGGUGGCCACUACAGUAUUAUUUUGUGAAUUACUGCUGAUGUACUGUAUAAUUAUUGAAUUUGGCUAUGAUGCCAAGCUCGAAGGUGUAGGUAAUAGCUAAGUAAGAUCUUAUAUGUUGAAAUUGCAAUUUUUAUUAUUCUGGUUUUGGAAGUUGGAAUUUUCUUUUUUCACUCUUUAUGGAUGUUUUGGUACUGCAGGAAAAGCAUGCACUAAUGACUAUGCAACAUAUUCUUCAUCAGUAUAUACCUUCUUUUUCUCUGUAAUUAGUUGCUUCCUUUCUCUUUCCUCUUACCUUUAGUAAUUAUCGUUAUUAACUAUGUUCACUUUUAAUCAGUUGUGGUAUUUUAAUUCUCAUUUCUUAUUUCUUUUUUCCUUAUUAUUCUCAUGAUUGCAGUGUCCUUGCAAUAUCAGUACAUCUGCAGCUAAAUGCCAAUAGUUUGUUUACAAGCUAUUAUUUUGAUUCCAUCAUAUCUGUUAGAUAUAAGGAAAUAGAAUAAGGAAUGCAUGAAUUGCUGGGAAAUCACUGUAGUGUUUAAUUAAUAUUAAUUCCAGCUAAUCAUUUGCAUUUUUGUUUUAAUGGAGAUCAUUCAUCACAUCUUAAGAAGCUAAUUUAAUUCUUCUGGAGAUGAAAAUCAUAAAAAUGCAAUUUAAAGAUUCCUGUUUACAACAUAGUUAAAGAUUAGGCAUAACUUAGCACAUGAGAGAAUCUUUGAGAAAUAAAAAGCUGUUGUUGCACUUCUAAGUGUGUGAUCCAAGACAUCUGUCUUUAACAAGGAUAGAUACUGUGGAAACAAGUUUUAUGCUGCAGUCAAACAAGCUUGUAAGAGGGAGUAAGAUUAUUUGAUUAUUUCACAGAGACAAGGCAAUUGACUCAUCAGAAGACAGGGCUAUCACUGAGCAUACACAAAUACAAACCCAUGGCACAGAAGAGAAAUUUACAUACCUUGUAGCAAGAUGAUGCUGGAGUACUUACAGGGUAAGUAACUUUAAGGGCUGUGAAAAAAAUUAUCAUUUUCCAUGAGUGCAAUCAACCUAUAUUAAAGGAUUUGAAUUCUGAGUUUGAUAAUGCAGCAGGUCUAAUCCUGAGUUCAAGAUCCCACCAAAUCUCUCACACUAACAUACACAGAUACGCACCUAAAGGGUAAAUAAGCAAUAAGGUGAAAGGAAGUGUUACAAAAAUGCCAGUCAUUAGUUGAAAGGAAAGCAAAGGGUAGUGAGAAAUAUGUAUUUUAGCAUAGGGCUAGAUCCCUAAAGAAUUUUAGCAGCCUGUAGUCCAGAAUCCUCAACCUGCAGACCAGCAAUAGCUCCUCUUUAGGUCUCAUCUAUUUAUAUUGAGGCUGAUUUUCACAUUCUUUUGCAGUUGAUACAGAAAUGCCAUAUCAAACAAUUGAUAUGGUUCAAUUCAGGUUCAGUUCAGGUUCCAGUGAAUAACUGAAGAAAGACAGUGUUCCCUGUAGGAAAAUACCAUAAAUACUAAUUACAGGCUCCUUCAGCAAGGUUUUCUCAGUCAUCAGAUUUAUUUUUGAAGUUUGUUUUAGGCAGCUUUCUGGUCAACACAACUCAUUAUUGCUAAAAUCUAGUAAGCUCAAUUACAUGGAAUUUAAAACCAAAACACUCAAUGAACGUUUUGUGGCUUAGUGAUACAUACAAGCUAUUAUUAAGUGGAAAUACAAAGUUAGAGUAUUACUUUACAGAAAUGCCAUUUUUUAAUGAAAAGGUACAAUAUUUUCAAAGAAGCUUCAUGCAGCACUGUGCUCUUUCUGAAGACACUUCAGCGUGUUAUGUAAGAAAAAGGGUUUAUUGCAUUAGUUUGGUUUUACAUUAUUAUCCAAAAAAUAAUUUAAUACUUUGUCAUUAAAAGCUUCGGGUACCGAAACAAUUGUAAGUGUGCUGACACAAAUUUGGGGGUUUUUAGUAGACUCUUGUUCGAGCUCUCUGAACAAGUUCUGAGGUUAUAUGUUUUCUUCUAAAUAGGGUAAAAUUAGCAAGUCUGUUUGCUAGUUUUAAGCCAAUAGUUGCUUGGUCUUCACAGUUUGUUCAGCAUAUGUUCCUUGAAAGCAUUUAAUGUUUAGGCUGACUUAAGUUCAGUAUUGUAUGCUGCAAUGAACAUCGAAAUCUCAUUUCAAAAGUGCUGGAGUUUUUAAAGUAUCAUGGUUAAAGCUCUUAGUACUUCUUACAUUAAUUUUUCUUUUUAAAUUCAGAACACGUGGCCAUGUCCUGGAAGUUAACUUUAUAAUACUCUGUAGUUUGCCUGGUUACAAGGAAGUUGCUGUAUUGUAACUGAUAGUGUGUACUUGUGUUAGUGAUUGACAGAAAAAAGCCUCCUGGUGUCAGUGUGCAGGCUGUAUCAAAAAAUACACUCUUCAAUCUUAAAAACAUUUUCACAAUUUACAAAUCUUCUCUUUUAGCAAUAUCCAGGUUUCCCCAAGUCAUAUAGACGCUGUAUGUGAUCCUCCACAUUAAAAGAUUGUCCCCAAAUUAAUGUCAGUAUGUACUGUGCAUAUCUUUUGUUCUUUGGAAGAGAAAUGCAGUUGUAUGCCCCCGGGCUGCUUAGGACAUCUGAAUCUUUUUAAUCUGACACAUGUCAGAUUAGUGCUCUUGUGAGGCCAUAAACAUGAACAUGAUGUAGCCCCACAGGAUGUGUUAAUGCUGUUGCAGGCUGUUUUGAGAAAGAGUAUGUCUGACCUGUAAUGUUAUAAUUUUAAAUUCACAUUUGAUGGGUGUUGCUGUAUUCUACAGCUAAAACUGUCUCAAGCUGGUUUUGUUUUGUGGUUUUGGUUUUGUUUUGUUUUUUUUUUUAUAUGGGCUAAUUACUAAUUGAUAUGCUAACUGCCUUCUGGAAAAAUUAAAUACAUUCUCUUAAUAAAGAUGUUGUUGUACA